CCUUCCCGCCAUUAGCCACCACAACGAUCAACAAAUCGAUUCUUUCCCUAUACACGCGUAAUGGAUCGCCAGAGCAUGGGAGGCGGUGGCGCCGGCACUGCGCAAGAGUUCCGCUACCUCGGCGGAGCUGGGCAGCCCGAGGUCGCCGGCGGGGCGUUCCUGCUGUCGGAGCUGCUGGAGGACACGCCGGCGCCUGCCGACCAGCCGCAGGAGGUCGUCGACGACCGGUUGAGCCGCGUCAUGCGGUCCCUCGAGGCCGAGAUCGGUGGUUGGCCGGCGCCAGCGCCGGCCGCAGCGGAGGACGAGACGAUGAGCGACGACGGGGGACUGGAAGAGAUGCUGUCGGAAUUUGACGGCAGCCCGAAGGCCGAGGCACCGCCCCUGGCGGCCGUGCCGUUCGAGUACUGGGAGGAGGAGGUGCCGCCGGUAGUGCUGGGGAACGACAUGGGCGGCUGGUACGUCCACGGCGAGGGCAUGGUGGCAGGGUACGAGUUCAGAGAACCAUGUUAUUACACGUACGGCGAGGCCUCCGCUGUUGAGCAAGUGUACAGCCCCAUAUGCCUGUGGGAAUGACCCAAUGAGUGAUGAAAUAUGCGCGUGAAAAGAGUUACCAAAUAGGCAAAUACUAUGUGAGCAGAAACUCAGAAAGGGCAAAUGAGCCUGUACAUUUUAGUUAUUUUAGAAGAAAUAAAUCUUCCAUGGAGGAGGAAGAGAUAUUUUUAA